AUGUCAAGGAAAAAGGCUAGGGUAGAAUUUCUUCGGAGCACAGAACAUAUCUAUGCUGCAACAACUCCAAAAAUAUUGAAGGAUCUAAAAUUUAGCAGGAAGGAAAAGCACUUUGUAUGGUUAGGAAGGAUACCAAGGGUGACAAUACUUGACCCUGAACAUGUCAAGGAGGUCUUGACUUACCACAACACAUUUCAGAAGAAGUUUGCAGCACAGAAUCCUCUUUGCAAGUUCUUACUAACUGGACUUGGGGCCCUAGAGGGUGACAAAUACCAUAAACACAAUAAGAUUAUUUCCCCUGCUUUCCAUUUGGAAAAGUUGAAGGGCAUGGUAACUGCAUUUGAUGCUGUAUUCACUGAUUUGAUUGUCGAAUUGAAGAAGAUGACCGAAUCAACUGGGAAGGUUGAGUUGGACGUGCACCCUCUCAUUGAGACUGUAACGCGCGGGUGAUGUGAUUGCAUGCGUCGCAUAUGGUAGCUCCUAUAGUGAAGGAAAGAAAGUAUUUCGGUUGAUCCAAGAGAUGACGGAUCUUACUGUCAUACUUCAGCUCAGACCAAUCAUCCCCUACUCUCAGUAAGGAUAACUAAACUUUUUUCGGUUGAUCCAAGAGAUGACGGAACUAGAAGAUUACCCAAGUGACAUGAUUGAGAGAAGGAUGAAUGAAAUGAAGGGAGGAGCUGCCACAAAAUCAGAUUUACUUGGUCUGCUACUGGAAUCGAAUUUCGAGGCAACAAAACAAGGGAACGAGAGCGCUGGGCUGUCGAUGCAAGAUAUCAUCAACGAGUGCAAGCUGUUUUACUUUGCUGGGCAUGAGAGUGUUGGUCUUCUGCUUGUGUGGACAACGGUGAUGCUGAGUCGGCAUCCUAAGUGGCAGGAGAGAGCAAGAGAAGAGGUUUUCCAAGUUUUGGGGAAAGAUAGGGCAGCCUCUUAUGAUGACCUUAGCCGCCUUAAAAUUGGAAGUAUGCAUUCGUCCUUCGCACAAAGUUUUCGUAAGAGAAAAUUUUAUUGGCAAAGAAAGUUUCAUUAUCUCGAAAAAUAUACCAUGAGAUGUAGUGAGUUGUAUCUAGCCAGUUGUUUUUAUUAGCUCCUUCCCUUAGAUUUUAACUUCCAUCUUAGAAUCAUGAUUUUGUAAUUCAAGGAUUCCCAAGAAUUAGCUAGAUCUGAAUUUUUUUUUUGUUUACCUAUUUGGAGGUGACUGCAAUUGUGCACGAA